GGGGGCGGGGUGGUGACGAAGUGACCGGCUUCAGGUUGCAUUGUUAAAAAACCUUUUGAACUGAAAUAGUUUCCUUCACAUCACGGCCGACGGUGGUCCUAGUGUUUACCUCGGAUUUAACAUUCAGUGUGGCUAAAAUAAACUGAGCUUCAGAUAAAAUAGAAAGGAAACACGGCGUUCUGGUGUGAACUUGGAUUUCAUGAAGUUUUCCUACUGAAGUUAAGACUUGUGUUCUGUAGAGAGGACGCUUCGUUUUGUUAACCUUCGUUAUGAAUCGAUUUUCAAGGUGUAUAACCUGUGCAAUGCACUGCACGUCUUGUUAAACUCUACUAGUACGUCGACAGCAACGUAAAACAGGCUGAUUUGCUUAAGCUAUGGCUAAGCGAAAAAGAAGCCUUUGUGAAAGCGCACGCAAACAUUUGAAGAUUUCGGCCAAUGGCAAGUCAGGAUGGGAAUCUGAGGAAUCGGAAGAAAACAGUAAAAUGUCCUUGGGAGAGGUUCGAGACAUGGUCAAGCAGGAAGCUUUUGCUCUCUUCAGACAGUUUGAUAUCAAGUUUGAAGAACUGACUGAAAGAGUUAAGAAAGUGGAAUGCAGCCCCAAACAUGAAAUGAUGGUCACAAGGUUGCAGGCACAAAUAUUCAAAAUAAAGAAGAGGUUGCAAGAGGCUUUGAUUUCUGAGAACAGAGUGGUGAGACCUGUGAAGCCCAAGAUUUCAUCGCUAGUCGUGCUAGAUGAGAAUGUACCAGAGGCUUCCUCCUCUCAACCAUCAUUGCAACAAGCUCAGCAAUCCAGCACAGCAGCGACUCGGCCCCAUUCACUGGGUUCCUCAUCCUCGCCCUCUUCAGCAACUGUGCGAUCUGUCCAGGUCUCUCCGUGUCAGAAAACAGAUGGCCCCGACUGCGUUAUAGCGUCUGGGAAAGAGACAAGUAUUCUAGGAACAGCAAGUGCACAAUUGUCAGUGCUGGAGAAGGAAGUGGUAUGUGCUCAGAGCUCAGGGAGUGGGACUGAAGAGAAUGCUGGGCACAACAGACAGGUUCGCAUUAGUAAAGUGGAGAAAAUGAUUGACCUCACAACAGACGAUAAUGAUGACCAACUCGGUGGUCUGCAGCCAGCAGCAGUGAAUGAAAGCAGUGUAGGUGUUGCACGUGUCAGCCUGACACUCCGCUUACCAGCUAAGGAUCCUGUGAGUCCUACACGCACUUUGCCUCCGCUUCCUGAGACGGCUGUUCCUCCUGAUCUGCCUGCUGCAGCUGCCUCCUUUAAUAUGCCUCAGAAACCUGAGAUGAAAGUGGCGAAAAUUGAAAACCCCAAAGGAGUGGGAAUACUGUGGGAUCUGUCACAGGUUGACACCAGAGUUGCCUCAAUUCAGAACUACUGUUUAUAUGUUCUUCAUGAGAAUGCUAAUGUUAGAAAAUUGCGCUGGAGUAUGGGAUUCAUCAAAGCAAUACAGCUUCCAAUGUGUUGCAGGCUAAUUAAGCUGAACCCUGGAAGGUAUCAUUUUGCAGUUGUAGGAAAGGAUAUUUACGGACGGUACGGACCCUAUAGUGAUAUACAAUCUACCACAGUCAGUGCUGUUGACUGUUAGGGGUGUUUCAUUAUAUAUAUUUUAUUUAUGACGUGGGAGAUUCUGAACAUUCAUGGAGUAGAGUGGCUAUUCCAGUCUGUCACUGUGUGAAAUAAACACAGCCCUCUGUGUAACUUAAUGUAUGCAAGAAAGAAAAGCGCGUUUAACCCUGAAUUGACAACAAGGCUUAAUUUGCAGUGCAGUUCAGGCUGGUGGAUUUGAAUGCAUGCAAGUGGGAGCUGGGAAAUGAUGUUCGCUCUUCAGUAAUGAACAUGGACAAGCUUGGUCUCUCAGCAUAUACUUACAUGAUAACUUAUUUGUUGUUGGGUCGGGUGAAAUUGGCUUAAUCAUAUGUUAGUUAAACAAGGUGUUUGCUCUUGCAGAAGCUGAUUACAGACUGCCUGUUGUGUUCUUAACCAGUCUUGAAGUACUUCUGAUUUGGAGAAUCACAAACUAUUUUUGAGUUGAUGGAGUUUUGAUGUUGAGGGAGCUGUUUAGUUGGUUUUUUUUCCCUCUUAAUUAGUUGCAUAAAAUAGUUCAAGAACAUACUGCAUACUUUUGUAUAAAUAUUUACAAAAUGUUGUACAAGUAAUAAACAAUACACUGGCACAGAUUUGUAUUUUAUGGUGCCGAUAUUGGCCAAACUUAUCACCCCCCACCCCCCUUUUUUUUUUUU